AUGCUCCUGCCCUACGCAUGUGUCACUUCUCUUGUUUUUCUGAGCAUUAUAUUUAGUGCUAUCUCAUUAUUUACCUAUGGUUGGGCAUCUAUCGUCCCGUUCAAUCCUCUCUACCCAAUCAUCCCCGAUGAGGAAAUCUUUAUUGGAUUGGUUCCUUUCGAUUCUUCAACUCCAUUCGGGUGGUUGGUUGCUACAUGUGUGUUUAUGUACCUCAAUUUUGCAUGCUCCCUCAUCACUUUUCUUGUUUGCAUUAUUGGGAUAAUAAUUUUCAUUCUCCGUGGGGACUCCAGUUAUCAAAAGUACAUAUACGUAAUGCUGUGUGGGUGCACUUUUCUCACUGGUCUUUUUGGAGCAGUCGCCUUCGUAAUCUUCGUGGCAAGUUAUAAGGAAGACCUGGAAGAUUAUUUCUACGGAGAUGUUUCGAUCGGAUAUUCGCCCUUCCUGGAUCUAAUUGGUUUUGUGAUCGCAACUAUUGCAACUGGUGUUUCGGCGUUUUUCGCUAUCGCACUACUUAAUCCGAACAACGAGAAUUGA